AUGACUUCUAAUGUGGGUGUGACCAGUUUCUUACUUGUUUUUGUCACUUCAUUUGCUUUGCUUCAUCAUGCAGCCUCUGAGACAUAUAAUGUCUUAGAGACAUUAGGAUGGACAGUACCUGAUAAUGGAGAUGCCUAUCCUAACUGGGCAGCUAACAAGAAAUUCAAAGUCGGUGACACUCUAGGUAAGCCACUCAACUUCCGUCCCAGGAUUUUAGAAAUGUCUUCAACAAACCAAACCUCCAUCAUCAGACAAGGUCAUGCAAAUAUCAAUCUUACCUCGAUUUGCCCACACUACUUCAUCUGCACUAUCGGUGAGCACUGUCAAUUUGGACAGAAAUUAACGAUCAAUCCGGGGAACUCUGCUUACUCGGUAGCUGUUGGCAGUCUAUCCCUCCUUAUCAUGUUCAUUUCCACUAUUGUCCUACGCUAG